AUGAAGGUUCAGACGGCGACAUUUACCGCUUCUGCCUUGAGCGGCAUCGUGCUGGCAGUAUGUAUGGUGUUCAUGUAUAACAUUCAUGUUGACUUGAGGACUACUUGGGACCAAUUUGAAGUGGAAAUGGACUACUUCAAAGUGACAACCGAUGACUUGUGGAAAGACAUGAUUUUGGUUGGCAAAAAGAACAAUUUCAACAGACAUAGAAGACAAGCUGAGUAUGAAGGUGCUGCUCCAAAAGCGCCAUCUUCAUCUUCCCAAGCUGGGUAACAUUUAAAAAUUUUUUUUAAAUUUUAAGCAAAAAUCAAAAAUUUUGGUUCUUUAUAUCCAUUUCUUGACCAAAAAAAUUCAAAUUCUAUUUUUAGGUACGAAUCAGGUGGAAAAAGCCCAUCAUCUCGCCCAGGUGGUUCUCCACCAGCUACGCCAAGCGGUGCCCCACCAGCUGGUCCUACACCGAGCGACCAAUGUGGCUGUAAGUCCGGCGGCGACAACAAAUGCCCACCCGGACCUCCAGGACCAAAAGGUGUACCAGGUGCACCAGGAGUACCAGGCAUUGACGGUAUUGAUGGUGUGAGCGGUAAAGACGCUGAUGAUGUCACCCCUGAAAGCCAAGAUACUGGAUCUUGCUUCAACUGCCCAGCUGGACCACAAGGAUCACCUGGCCCAAUUGGCCGCCCUGGAAUGCGCGGUAUGAAAGGCGCUGAUGGACAACUGGGACAGCCUGGAAAAGAUGGUCAACCUGGAUCUCCUGGUGAACAGGGACCACCAGGACCACCCGGCCGUGACGGACCGCCUGGACCAAUUGGAGAGAAAGGACUUGACGGCCGAAAACCAAUUGGCAGACCCGGACCCAAGGGACCAAGAGGACCACGUGGUGAACCAGGCCCAGCCGGCGCCAAUGGACACGAUGCUGGACCAGGACCAGCUGGACCUCAAGGACCACCAGGUGGCCCAGGACCAGUGGGACCAGUCGGAGGAGUUGGACCUGCAGGAGGUGAGGGACCAGAAGGAAGACCUGGAAAAGACGCCGAAUAUUGUCCAUGCCCACCAAAGAGUGGUGCAGCUGGAGGCUUCGGAGACAAUGCUAGAGACGGAUACGGUAACAACAACAAUGGCGCUGGAAAUAAUGGCUAUCGUCGUCGUUACCACUUCUAA